CCUCGCGGCCGCCACCGCCUAGGGUUCCGCCGCCGCCGCCGCCGCCCACCGGGCGCGGCGGGGAUCGCCGGAUCCGCCGCGACCGCCCCCCGAUCUGGAGGCGCCGCCCGUCCGCACGGCCCCGGGCGCUCUCGAUCUGACCCACCCGGCGGGGAGGGGUUUCCUACUCCGCGUGGGGGCGGGGGUGGAGUGCGCGGGGGGGCCCGUCCCGUCCGCGCGACGGGCGCGUUCGGAUCCGUGUGCGCGGGAGGGGUGUUCCUUGUGUAAUCGAUCCUACUAGGAGUUGUAUUCGCUGAGGGGUUAGGGGGGGUUGCAGAUUGGGGGUCGGGAGGGGAUCGUGUGCUCGCCCAAUUUCGUUUUGAGUGUUUUGUGCGGCUCUAUUCGAGUUUUCGGGGCGGCCUUUUUGAGGCUGCAAGCGCCGAUCCGGCGCUAGUUAGGGCUAUUGAUCCUUCCUCUCCCUCUCGCUUGGGGAGAGGAGGUUGUUUUUGUUACGGUAUCCACGAGAAGGUUUUUAGUGAGGUUCCAUGGCGGCCUCUAAUGCCGCAGCCGAGCCCCCGAAGCAGUACGGGAUAACGAAACCGAUAUCGUUGGCUGGGCCGGCGGAGGCUGACCUCCAGAAGACGGCGGAGUUGGAGAAGUUCUUGGUUGAAGCCAGUCUAUACGAGAGCCCGGAGGAGUCGGCUAGGCGAGAGGAGGUGCUAAAGGAGCUCGAUAAGAUUGUAAAAGAUUGGGUGAAGCAUUUAACUAGCCAGAGAGGUUACACUGAUCAGAUGGUUGAGGAGGCAAAUGCUGUGCUCUUUACGUUUGGGUCAUACCGUUUAGGGGUUCAUGGACCUGGAGCUGAUGUUGAUACUUUAUGUGUUGGGCCUUCAUAUGUGAAUCGUGAGGAGGAUUUCUUUAUUGUACUACAUGACAUAUUGGCACAAACCGAGGAAGUUACUGAAUUGCAACCUGUACCUGAUGCACAUGUUCCUGUUAUGAAAUUUAAAUUCCAUGGAAUAUCAAUUGAUCUUCUUUAUGCCAGUGUCUCUCUCUUAGUAGUGCCACCAGAGUUGGAUAUAUCACAAGGAUCAGUACUGUAUGAUGUUGAUGAAGUAACUGUUCGCAGUCUUAAUGGGUGCAGAGUAGCUGACCAGAUUCUUAGGCUUGUUCCAAAUGUUGAGAACUUUCGAGCAACACUGAGGUGUUUGAAGUACUGGGCGAAAAAAAGAGGAGUUUACUCUAAUGUUACUGGUUUUCUUGGGGGUGUCAAUUGGGCUUUACUUGUUGCACGUGUCUGCCAGCUCUAUCCUAAUGCUGUGCCAAGUAUGUUGGUCUCAAGAUUCUUUAGAGUUUUUACUCAAUGGCAGUGGCCAAAUCCCGUGAUGCUUUGUGCUAUUGAGGAGGAUGAACUUGGUUUUCCUGUUUGGGAUCCACGUAAAUAUCACCGUGACAGAUCUCAUCAUAUGCCCAUCAUAACCCCAGCUUAUCCCUGCAUGAACUCCAGCUAUAAUGUUUCAACAAGCACACUGAGGGUUAUGAUGGAGCAAUUCCAGUUUGGCAACAAAAUUUGCCAGGAAAUUGAUAUGAAUAAGGCUAAUUGGUCUGCUCUUUUUGAGCCUUUCCAAUUUUUUGAAGCCUAUAAGAAUUAUCUCCAGGUUGACAUCAUCGCUGAAGAUGGAGAAGAUCUUAGACUGUGGAAGGGAUGGGUUGAAUCUCGGUUGAGACAACUGACUUUGAAGAUUGAAAGAGACACAUAUGGAAUGUUACAAUGCCAUCCUUACCCUCAUGAGUAUGCUGACCCUUCUAGACAAUGUGCUCAUUGUGCUUUCUUCAUGGGCUUAUCAAGGAAAGAAGGUGCGAAAAUACAGGAGGGCCAACAGUUUGAUAUUCGUGGCACAGUAGAUGAAUUUAGGCACGACAUCAGCAUGUAUGGGUACUGGAGGCCUGGGAUGGAGUUGGCUGUUUCUCAUGUUCGGAGGAAGCAAAUUCCAUCAUAUGUGUUCCCAGAGGGCUAUAAGAGACCUCGUCCUUUGAGGCAUAUAAAUCAUCAGCAACAAUCUAAUAAAAAUAAUGUUGAAGAUGGAGCAGCGAAUAGAUCCCCAGAUGGUCAGCCCAAAAGAAAGCACGAUGCAGCUGGGGCUUAUGAUAGUGAACCCGGCAGAACUGCGAAGAGGACCUCAAUGAGCCCCUCAAUUAGUCCAAAUCGGCAGAGAACCUCAUCACCUCCAUCUGGCAAUAUUGCUGAUGCUUCUGGUGCAAGUGGUGGAAGUCCGGUUUCACUUGCCAAUGGUCCAGAACAGGCAAAUUGUUUGAAUUCACCACUGGCAUCUGAAAAAAGUUUGGACUCUGUUGCAUCGGGCUCGAAGUGUGUGGAAGGGGUUUGCUCUGGUGACUCUUCUAAAGAGCGUGAUACCUGCAUUCCCAGUAUCAAGAACUGCACCACUACAACCGAAGCUGUAUGUACAUCUUUAAAGCGUGUUGCGGAAAAAGUUGUAUCAGAGCUCGUUGGAAGUGAAAGCUUGGGAAGCAACAAAAGUGCGGAGUUAUUGGAGAGAUCUGAGGAGAUGGAGAGUGUUCUUGUUGAAAAUGUGCAUUUCGGUGGGAAUGGAGUUGCUCAGAGUGGCCUCCCCGAAGAGUUAGAGCCAAACAAUGGGAUUGAAGUGGUUUCUAAAGCUCAUGCAGGUGUGAACCCGGAUGUACCCCAGAAGGCAUCGUUGAGGGUUAGUCUGACAUCAACUGCUUGAGGUUGGAAAACGGUGUAAAAAGGACAAAAAAGAUAGCGCAUCUGCUGGUGCUGGAGUCUAUGGUAAGUUGCUCGACUCACAAAGUUUCCUUUUCGACACAGAUCUGCAAGCAAGGGGGACUGUUAAGGGAAGAUGGCGAUAAAACCAUGCCAAGCAACGAUAAAGCAGCAGUCAAGGGAGCUUUAUUACAGGGAAGAGCCCUAGAUCUAUGGCAAGUUUUACAGAGCUUUGCUUUGUGCUCCAUAACGACAUGUGUCGUUUUGACCUAGUCGUGGAGCAUCUGGCUUCAUUGUAUGGAUGCUGAACUGAACUUUGUGUAUGGCGGCAUCCCUGGGUUUGACAUUGUUGGUCUUUCAGGGAUGCUCUUGCCCUGCUGUAGGUCUAGAUUUAUAGAGAGAGCUGCUCAUGUUUGUUUCUCAAUGCUCCAGUGUACUCGAUUUGUCCCUUGUAAUAUAAAGAUUUGCAGGCUGUUGCUUAAAUCCUUUCGCCA